AUCUUAGAGAGGAAGAUUCUUGUCUCUUUGAUAAAUUCUCGGAGUAGGAUUCUCUGUCUCUGUCCGUUUUUUUGCGAGUUGAGCUAUGUGGAGUUCGGUUGCCAAUUUGAAGGAGAAUUUGAACAAGAUCGCGCACGAUGUCCACGACGACGACGAAGAUGAUGAAGAUCUCACCAUUUAUGGGUCCACCAAUGGCGGCAGCGAUUUCCUGGACUCUGAUCGGAGGAAUUCUAAUGGAUUUAGGUAUUCGAGGUCUGUAUCGAGGUCUCCAAUGGCCAAUGGUGUCGAAUCGCCUGUUAAUCAUGAGAUUGAGAGAUAUAAAGCAGAGAUCAACAAGCUUCAAGAAUCAGAAGCAGAAAUCAAAGCUCUUUCAGUAAAUUAUGCGGCUCUUUUAAAAGAAAAAGAGGAUCAGAUUUCCAGAUUGAACCAGGAGAAUGGCUCGUUGAAACAGAAUUUGACUUCAACUAAUGCCGCUCUUAAAGAGUCUAGAAUGGAUCUUUCCAGGGCAUCAAACAAUAACGCUAUUAAGGGAAACGGUGAUUAUUCACCCAACAAGUCACAAAAAUCCCCGACUAAUUGGAAAAGCCGAAACCAAAUGUACAAUGGCAUUGCCUCGAAACAAAACGGGACAGAGAAUGAUUCCGAGUCACAUAAAAAAGAAAUGGAGUUUGCAGAUAUGCUUGAAGAGAGAACCAGGUCAAUGGCAUCUGCUCAGGCUAGAGAACUUGAGAAAGAGCGAGAAAAAUCAGCAAAUCUGCAGAUUUCACUACAAGAGGAGCGGAAACAAAAUGAGUCUUUCAAGGAGGAACUCCAGUCUCUGAGGUUAGAUAAGGAAAAAACACUCAUGGAGAGUAACAAAGUACGUCGUGAAUUGGAUGCAAAAUUGGCUGAAAUCAAACAACUGCAGAUGAAGUUGAUUGGUGGGGAGCAGCAUGCUGUUGGAAUUUCCAUAGAAAAUCUGAAAGAGGUUAACAAAGCUCUGGAGAAGGAAAAUAAUGAGCUUAAGUUGAAACGAAGUGAAUUAGAGGCUGCUUUGGAAGCAAGCCAGAGGUCAACAAGUACGAAACUCUUCCCAGAGGGCACAGAGGAUCUUAGUAGACAUCUUAGUAGUUUGGACAAGGAGAAGCCCGGAAGCUUCCCUGGGAAAGAAGAUAUGGAGAAAUCUUUGCAGAGGCUAGAAAAGGAGUUGGAGGAAGCACGAAGAGAAAAGGAUAAGGCACGGCAAGAACUAAAGCGGCUCAAACAACACCUGUUAGAAAAGGAAACUGAGGAGUCUGAGAAAAUGGAUGAAGAUAGUAGAUUGAUUGAAGAACUCCGCCAGACGAAUGAAUAUCAGAAGUCUCAGAUACUAGGUUUAGAAAAAGCUCUUAGGCAGACAAUGGCUAAUCAGGAGGAAAUAAAGUCGAGCAACGACCUUGAAAUCCGGAAGUCCAAGGGUAUAAUUGAAGACUUGAAUCAAAAGCUUGCGAAUUGUUUGAGAACAAUAGAUUCCAAAAAUGUGGAACUUUUAAAUCUUCAAACUGCUCUUGGCCAGUACUACGCUGAAAUUGAAGCUAAGGAACAUUUUGAACGAGAGCUUGCAGUGGCUAAAGAAGAGGCAAUGAAACUCUCAGCUCGUUUGGAAGAUUUUGAUGAACGGUUAGAGUCAUCAAAGAAAGAAAAGGAGGAAAUCACAUCGAAGCUGUUGCACGCAGAAAAUAUUGCAGCAGAAUGGAAAAACAGAGUAAGCAUGGUUGAAGAAGACAAUGCAAAAGUAAGGCGUGUUCUUGAGCAGAGCAUGACUAGGCUGAAUAGAAUGUCAAUGGACUCCGAUUUUCUCGUUGAUAGGCGUAUUGUUAUCAAGUUACUGGUUACGUACUUCCAAAGGAAUCACAGCAGAGAGGUGUUGGAGCUAAUGGUUCGAAUGCUUGGAUUCUCAGAGGAAGACAAACAGCGAAUAGGAUUGGCACAACAAGGAGCUGCAGGUAAAGGUGUUGUUAGAGGUGUAUUGGGCUUCCCGGGUCGCUUAGUCGGUGGCAUCUUAGGCGGUGGUGGUGGUACACCGGAUUCUCAUCCAACUAUGGCGUCAGAUAAUCAGUCUUUUGCAGACAUGUGGGUCGAUUUUCUUCUUAAAGACGCGGAAGAGCGAGAGAGAAGAGAAGCAGAAGAUGCAGCAAACAAAGAGCAAGAGAAGGCUACUGUUUCUUCUACGCAGAGACCAAUGUAUGAACAAUCUGAUUCGGAGUUUUCAACGGUGCCUCUUACAUCAUCGGAUAGUAAUCACAGGCUCUCCAGAUUACUCACUUGACUGGAUUUGGUAUAUACUUUUUAUACACGUUUUGUAGGAAUCUAUAAUCCGAAUCUCUUGCUUCUUGUGUUGUAAUUAUCUCUCUCACAACUAUAUUCCAUUGAUUCUUUUUUAUA